AUGGUCUCCCUGUCAUCCCUGUUCGACGCAUUGCGCGCCCUUCUCAACCUCUUCCCUCGCUUCUUCCGCCUCAUCACUGGGCGUUCACGUCGCCGGAUCGCCGCCGAGGAUCGGGAGAGGGACUACGAGGAGCGUCUGAUCAGCAAAACGAAGGAAAAUGCGACUCUCGCUGCUGAACUUGCCGAAAUACGGAAGAUGUUCAUCCGCACAGAGAAGGAGCGUGUCGCAUCCGCUCGCGACCUUCAGCGCUCUCUGCGUAAAGACUACGACGAAUCCGAACGCCGGCUUCGGGAUGCCACAAACUCAAAUGACCAGCUUUAUAAGGAAGUGAGCACGCUGGAACGUCAGCUUGAGCAAAAGACAAAGCUUCUCGACCAGCUGAGCAAGGAGUCCUCGGAGGCGCAGAGAUGGAUGAGCAUUAGGGACGCGUGCACAGACGCCCAGAUAGCCUCUGAAGUCGAGGGUCUGAACUACGAAGUCCAGAAUAUUGCGAUGCCGCUGGGCGAUGCGAUGGCCGAGAACAUGCAAGAGCGCGCCGCGUUCGUUCUUCCUGCCAAUGCGACUUUACCCAUCAGUGCGCGCGCACUUGCGGCUCUGCAGAGCGGGAACUUGUCGAACGAUGGCAAAGCGACGAUUUUGGGUAUCACGGUACAGUCUGCACUUCUUGCGUUCUGUCGCGAGGCCGCCGUGCAAUGGGAAUACGGGUUCUUGAGCCACAACGCCGAAGCGCGUUCAUGGCUCGACGCUGUCUUCGAUUCGGUUCAUACGAGUGAACCUGCCGCCAUCUCUGGGAACUGGCGCUCGCUCGCGCAUCGCCACGCCGCCCAUGUAGCCGCCAACUCACACGGACAGCCCGAGCAAGUGAUCUUGCGCGCCCUGCUCUCCACUCUCACACCCAUCUUCGCCGGAUGCGGCUUCGACUCGGCCAGGACCUCAGAGCUCAUCGAAGAGUCCGUCGGGAUGGAUGCUCUGACCGGAUUAGUGGCCGCCAUCAAGCGCCUCAACGACAACAUCAAACAAGGCGUUAUAUCGAGCUCGUUGUCGCCGAUUGUUGUCAGCCCGGACAUCGCACUCAACGUUGCAAUCAUGAAGGUUGGCCUUGGAGGAGACGCAGUGCAAGAGGCAACGGUGCUCAGCACCACUGGUCUAGGGCUUGAGCGCCAAGAGCGCAAGGAGGACGGGAUAGUAGUUACGACCUUGCUCUCGCGACCGGAGGUUGCUCUGAACAUGGUUCUCGACUCCCUGGUCAUCAGCGGCCAGUAA